AUGGGUCUCAGAGAGCAUCAGUCCCCUGGGAUCUUGUUAAAAUGCAGCCCCGGGUCUACAGAGUCUGUGGUGGGGCUGAGACGAGGCUUUUCCAAGAAGCUCUCAGGGAUCUCCAGGUGCAGGAAACACACCGGGAGGAGCGAGGCUCCAGACAAGAGUGUAUCUCUGGGUGGGUCUCCCCGGACCCCCCGCAGUAAUGCUGUUCUGGGGCCACAGAGCCUGUGUCUCAGGUUAGAGCGCCCAUGGGACCCUGCCAACCACCCUCGGCCUCAGGGCCUCCAGGCAGAGACUUCCCAAGGACACUCUUUCUUUUCUCUUAGUUUUUUGUUUGGUUUUUUCUUUUUGAUCUCAAUGCAUGGCUUGCCAGAUCUUAGUUCUCUGACCAGGGAUUGA